AUGAGCAUUACUAGAAAAUUACUUUCUAAGUGGAAUAGAAAGCAUUUUGGUAAUAUACAUCAACAGGUUAAUUUUCUGCAACAACAACUUUCUUCAUUACAAGCUCAACCACACAGCUCUCAGGCAGAUGCUCAAAUUAUGGCAGUUAACAAUGAUAUCAACAGAUGGUAUAAGGUGAAGAAUGAAUUUUAUCAACAAAAGUCAAGAUACAAUCUUAUAAAGGACAUGGAUAAUAAUACCAAGUACUUUCACUCAAAUGUAAUAGAAGAAGGAGUAGAAACAACAUUGACUCCAUACAAGACUAAUGGUAAUUGGCUGCAGUGUAGAGAAGAUAUAUCAUCACAUCUUACACAUCUCUUCAGCAGUAUAAGUUCCACUACUAAUACAGUUCUUGAUGAGCACCUCUUCUGUAUACUUGCUACUUACAUUAUUUCUGAAGAUAAUAUACUUCUUACAAGUAUCCCUUCUUCAGAUGAUAUUUUUCCAACUCUAAAAAUCAUGGAAAAUUGGAGUUCUCCAGGGCCAGAAGGAUUUCAAGAUGGGUUUUAA